AUGGCAGAGCCUCUAACGAAGCGGCAACGGGAGCGAGAGAGAAGACUCACUGAUCCCGAGAAACCGGAAAUUGAACAUGUGGAAAUAGCUGCCAUACCUGAGCGCCAACCAGGUGACAGUCCGAAGAAGUCGACACUCAAGCCCGGCAAGUUGUUAAAGCCCUGGGAGCUAUACAAACACGGCCUACAGCCUCCUCCAAAGACUGUCACCAAUGCUCGUGCUGAACUUCGAGAAGUCAUGGCCCGGCAGGUUGUUGCGGACAACCCCGCAAACAACAGCGCACAGAACAAACUGCAGCUGGCUUUGAUGAAGCAAGACAAAACGUUAGAUGGCAGUGCACACAGGAUGCUGCAGCACUUGAUGAUGAAGCAGGCCACUGAUGCUCAACACACGAAUGAUGGGUCGCAGCAAGUACCACGGCCGCCUCCUGCUGUCGUUACUGCUGAUGGACAAAUGCUACGCAACUUGAAUGUCGUUGCUGCUGAAACCCCGGCCCCGAAGGUUUAUUUUGGGACCAAUGCACCAUAUCCCCGAUGGGUGAUUACACCUAUCAAUUAUCAGCUAGCACAGUUGACACCCAAAGUCAGAACAUUGGGAAACCUGAUGUGGAAAUUCGAGGCCGGUCCAAUCUCCAGUUGGCAGGGGAUGCCGCCCGAUCAGCUGUACGAGUAUGCGUACAGAUGGCUCGAAGGUGCCAUCGCGGAUGGUUUCUACAGGGAACAGCUCAUUUUCACACUCGUGAAUGGGCCAUAUGCGAAGCUGGCGAAGGGAAUUUCAGAGCCGUUGCCACCACUGCCAGCUCCUCCAAGAACCAGUUUCUAUCCCGCAAAGCCAAUCUCCUUGGAACCGUCUGUUGAUGAGACUUCUUUCUUCUACAAGGGCUACGAACGACCAUCUCUCGCGGCGCGAGAAGGCAUGUUCAUCAAGGGUUCAAGCUCACCUUCACCAAAAGUGGAAAACCAGGGGUAUCUUAAUGGAGACAAUACUCCCAAUGAGGUGGAUCGAUUUUUUGAUACCAUCGAUAUCGGCAAUGCUUGUGGCGCUGGUCCUCAAGUGAAGGAGGUCGGUUUCGAUGACGGGCGAGAGCCUGCAAUUGAUGAUGACGACGAUGAUGCAGAACAGCCAGAAGUACCAGACGAGCAAGGGAGCGGCAUCCGGCAGCGCGCACGGACUAAACGGACAAAUAGGCUCGCCCCACAACGUGCACUCCUUCCUUUAGAGCCAACGUUUGGAUCCCCGGAGCCGACGGCAGCGCCAAAACAACCAACUGAGAAGGUGAAGCUGCCAUCAGAGAAAGAACUUGUGGAGCAAGCAAAAAAGACACUGCGGAGAGAUUUCGAUAAACAUUGUCCUCCUCGAGUAAAUCGACGUAUCCGAACAUGGGCAGGCUUUAGUGUCCCCAGAGAGGUGAUGGAGUCGAGGGAGAUGCGAGAAUUGCCCACGAUGCCCUCUGAGCACCGUCCAUUUGGUCCAAUUUCUGGUGCGCUUGCUGCUGGCCCGGCGCCAGCUGCGCAAGUCAAAACAGCAAGGAGGGGUCGGCCAGCGAAGGCAGCCCCAGCUGGGCCGACGAGAAAGAGUGCCAGGAUCAAAAAUCGACGAUGA